AUGUCGGUUUUGGUCCUUGGCGCGACCUCCGCCGCAGCGCCGUGCCCGUACGCGGCCUACAGAACCACGAUUUGUCGAUCGUACUGCGUCCAGCCCGAUGCUGCCCUGUGCAUUGUCGAUGGCAAUUGCAAGGAGCUCGUGUCGUACACUCGUCACAACGUGAUCAAGGACCCGAUCACAUCCGCCGACAUCCUCGUCGUUCGUGGUCCGGCCGAUUACCUUGCGGAGCUUCCGCUUCUCGCCAACACCAUUUUUCAAUAUUCCUCUGCCAACAUCAAGUUGGUCGGCGACCUCACCAACACGACGCUUGGCGACGCCAUCCAAUUGCGCAUCGUCAGUAACCGCGGCAUCUCGUUUGCCCGAGCCACGUUUCCAUCGUCGCUGUCGGCGCUGUCUAUCGAGAACAACGGCCUAACCGACCUUCCGCCCUCCAUCCCAUACGCGUCCCUGUCCGACUUCGACGCAUCCAACAACCAACUCACGAGCAUUGCAAACGUCGACUUUCGCCGUGCGAAAGCGCUGGCAUUCCGAGGCAACCCCGCGCUCACUUCGUUUGCCAACGUCCGGCUGUCGCCCGCGUUGACGUCGUUAGACUUUGGUGGAGCCGUCUUGACGACGUUCCUUGUCGACGAGUCGUCCUUUCGAGCGCUGGACUCGCUCACGAUGUUCCGCGUCAGCGCGAUCGACGUGUCCGCGACGUGUCGACUGCCCAACGCCCCACGCUUUUUCAAACGCGACACGAUUUGCGUGAUUCCAGACCCGUCCGCCUCGGACGGCGGCGGGUCCACGUCGUCGGUCCCGCCCCAGUUCGGCUGGAUGGUUGCGCUCGCGAUCGGCGACGGGUUUGUGCUGGGAGUCGCCGCCUGGUUUAUCUACACGCGGCGUCAGCGCCGCAUCGCGACACCAGCGGCCGUUCGACCCAGUGGACAAGCAAAGAGUCGUUCGGUGCGACCGCCGACUUUAACGUCGAGCACGCCCAACGUGCUGCGCGGGUCCGUUGCGCCGCUUCCCAUUCACAUGGACGACUUGGCGCUCGUUCGACUCGAUGAGUCCAAGCUGCGCAAGAGCCACGUGGUUGCCCGGGGUGCGUACGGCGAAGUGUGGUACGGCGAGUACAAACGCGACCCCGUCGCAGUCAAGUGCAUGCUGCCAGGCAAACGCGCGGCAAGCGAUGUGCAAUGCCUCGUUGAUGAAAUCACGCGCACGGUCAAGUUGACCAGUCCAUAUAUUGCCCACACGAUCGGCGCGAGUUGGGCGACGCCCGCGGCGCUGGAAAUGGUUGUCGAGUGGAUGGACAGGGGCGACUUGAAACAAGGGCUGGACCAAACCAAGCCGCCGACGGACCCGUCGACGGCGUUUCCGUGA